UGAUUUUAAUACUUGGAGAAGCAGAUGUUCUGGUUUAGACUUAAAAUGGGGACUCUGUGUUACGACUUCGGCAUCUGGAGAAUGAUGGGCUGUCCCCACAUGCAAACAUAAUUGCUUCCUAGAGCCCACAACUACAGAUAAGGUGGAAGAAUUUACUCGGCAUUUGCUGCAUUUUUUGUUUGCUGGCCGGGACAUCCCUCGUGUGAGUAGAGGUGGCACAGGGGGCAAAAGUACAGACUUUUCUCCCUGUGCUGAAGGUGAGAAGCCUGGUUAAUUAAAAGUGUGCGGGGAGAAUGCUUGAGUUUGCACCAGACGAUGUACUGUGUACUUCCUACUGUGAGUGCUGUGUGUAUAUUUUGCUGUUUCAGAUUUCUCUUUUUCAGUUACAUUCUUCAUUUAUGCCUGUAGCUGCUAAUUUAAUGAUCAAAAACUUAAAGUAUGUGUCUGUUUUUUUGCUCCAGAAGUCUCAUAGACUAAAACCCAGCUUGUUCGAGUAUUUCUGUAAUAGAGUUAUUUCCGUAAUGGGGUCGAUCACGUUUCUGUAAGACGGUUGUCCUUUGGGAGUAGAGAACCUUUGUAACUCAAAACGCCUCUUAAAAGUUGUAUUAAGUAAACGUUUAAACUUUGAAUGAAAUGUUUUACAUUUAACCCUACAGAACCAAUGAGCACCCCCCCCUCUUGGAAGUAUCAACAGUGUCAUGUAUUAUUUACUUUGUUUGUUAGUUUGCUGGGGAUUGAAACGCAAGUGAUCAUGUUCAGGCUGGUUAGAUUAGUGAUUUUAAUAUGAAACCAUUGCUUUUAGAAUAAUCAUGGGCCAGACUGGGAAGAAAUCUGAGAAGGGACCGGUUUGUUGGCGCAAGCGUGUAAAAUCAGAGUACAUGCGGCUGCGGCAGCUCAAGAGGUUCAGGCGGGCUGACGAAGUUAAGAGUAUGUUUAGUUCCAAUCGUCAGAAAAUUUUGGAAAGAACGGAAAUCUUAAACCAAGAAUGGAAACAGCGAAGGAUACAGCCUGUCCACAUCCUGACUUCUCUCCCAGUGGUCCAGCCACACAGUCGCCUAUUGUACCAGCUGGUUGAUUGUUCAGUGACCAGUGACUUGGAUUUUCCAACACAAAUCAUCCCAUUAAAGACUCUGAAUGCAGUCGCUUCAGUACCCAUAAUGUAUUCUUGGUCUCCCCUACAGCAGAAUUUUAUGGUGGAAGAUGAAACAGUUUUACAUAACAUUCCUUAUAUGGGGGAUGAAGUUUUAGACCAGGAUGGGACUUUCAUUGAAGAGCUAAUAAAAAACUAUGAUGGAAAAGUACACGGGGAUAGAGAAUGCGGGUUUAUAAAUGAUGAAAUUUUUGUGGAGUUGGUGAAUGCUCUUGGUCAGUACAAUGAUGAUGAUGAUGAUGAUGAUGAUGGCGAUGACCCUGAUGAAAGAGAAGAAAAACAGAAAGAUCUGGAGGAGAACAGAGAUGACAAAGAAAGCCGCCCGCCUCGGAAAUUUCCUUCCGAUAAAAUUUUUGAAGCCAUUUCUUCAAUGUUUCCAGAUAAGGGCACAGCAGAAGAACUAAAGGAAAAGUAUAAAGAACUGACCGAGCAGCAGCUCCCGGGCGCACUUCCUCCUGAGUGCACCCCGAACAUCGACGGGCCGAACGCCAAGUCCGUGCAGAGGGAGCAGAGCCUGCACUCUUUCCACACGCUCUUCUGCAGGCGGUGCUUCAAGUACGACUGCUUCCUGCACCCUUUUCACGCAACACCCAACACUUAUAAGCGGAAGAACACAGAAACGGCUCUAGACAACAAGCCUUGUGGACCACAGUGUUACCAGCACUUGGAGGGAGCAAAGGAGUUUGCCGCUGCCCUCACCGCCGAGCGGAUAAAGACGCCGCCGAAGCGGCCCGGAGGCCGCAGGAGAGGACGGCUCCCCAACAACAGCAGGCCCAGCACCCCCACCAUUAACGUGCUGGAAUCGAAAGACACAGACAGCGACCGGGAAGCGGGGACGGAGACGGGCGGGGAGAACAACGAUAAAGAGGAGGAGGAGAAAAAAGACGAGACUUCCAGUUCCUCGGAAGCGAAUUCUCGAUGUCAAACGCCAAUAAAGAUGAAGCCAAAUAUCGAGCCUCCCGAAAACGUGGAGUGGAGUGGUGCCGAGGCCUCGAUGUUCAGGGUCCUCAUUGGCACGUAUUAUGACAAUUUCUGUGCCAUUGCCAGGCUCAUUGGGACCAAAACUUGUAGGCAGGUGUAUGAGUUCCGUGUCAAAGAAUCCAGCAUCAUAGCUCCGGUGCCAGCGGAGGAUGUGGACACCCCUCCAAGGAAGAAGAAGAGGAAACACCGGUUGUGGGCUGCACACUGCAGAAAGAUACAGCUGAAAAAGGAUGGCUCCUCUAACCACGUUUACAACUACCAGCCCUGUGACCAUCCGCGUCAGCCUUGUGACAGUUCGUGCCCUUGUGUGAUAGCACAAAACUUUUGUGAAAAGUUUUGUCAGUGUAGUUCAGAGUGUCAGAACCGCUUUCCCGGCUGCCGCUGCAAAGCCCAGUGCAACACCAAGCAGUGCCCAUGCUACCUGGCCGUGCGCGAGUGCGACCCCGACCUCUGCCUCACCUGUGGUGCGGCCGACCACUGGGACAGCAAAAACGUGUCCUGCAAGAACUGUAGCAUCCAGCGGGGCUCCAAGAAGCACCUGCUGCUGGCGCCGUCCGACGUGGCGGGCUGGGGGAUUUUCAUCAAAGAUCCCGUACAGAAAAACGAAUUCAUCUCGGAGUACUGUGGAGAGAUUAUUUCUCAAGAUGAAGCAGACAGAAGAGGGAAAGUCUACGACAAAUACAUGUGCAGCUUUCUGUUCAACUUGAACAAUGAUUUUGUGGUGGAUGCAACCCGCAAGGGUAACAAGAUUCGUUUUGCAAAUCAUUCAGUAAAUCCAAACUGCUAUGCAAAAGUUAUGAUGGUUAACGGCGACCACAGGAUAGGGAUUUUUGCUAAGAGAGCCAUCCAGACUGGUGAAGAGCUGUUUUUUGAUUACAGAUACAGCCAGGCCGACGCCCUCAAGUACGUGGGCAUCGAGAGAGAAAUGGAAAUCCCUUGACAUCGGCUACCUCCUCCCCCCCCUCCUCCUUUCUGGAACAGCUGCCUUAGCUUCAGGAACCUCGAGUACUGUGGGCAAUUUAGAAGAAUAAAAUGCAGUUUGAAAUUCUGAAUUUGCAAAGUACUGUAAGAAUAAUUUAUAGUAAUGAGUUUAAAAAUCAACUUUUUAUUGCCUUCUCACCAGCUGCAAAGUGUUUUGUACCAGUGAAUUUUUGCAAUAAUGCAGUAUGGUACAUUUUUCAACUUUGAAUAAAAGAAUACUUGAACUUC